AUCUUGUGUUUGAUAUUGAAAAUAUUUUUUCAACUGCGUUUCCUUUUGUUUUUAUUUGUAUUAAAGAAAUGUAAAUGUACAAUUUGAAACGUUUUCAUGUUAUUUCGCUAUUUUGUAAAACCUUUGAAACAUUCACCCAUUCAUCUGAGCAGCUAAUUGUUACACUCUGAAGCUCGGAAAAAUUUUGAGUGUAAAGAGUGUUAAACAAACGAAGCUUCGUUUUUAACCAUAAUUUUUUAGUUCAUACGUUAAUGAUUUGAAUUGGCUUGAAUUAAAAAAUUUUAUUUCAGAUUUUUUAGAUCAAACUGUUUAUCGAAUCAAAAGGUCCAAUAAUCUAAACUCCAUUUCAAUAUUUUUUACAAAUUGGUUAAGUUGAACCUUAAAAUAGAUUUUUCUAGGUUAAAAGCUUACAACGAAGGGUUGAAAUAAACAUAUUGAAAAAGGCUGAGAACAGUUUUUCUUUGAAUUAUAUUUACAGAAGUUCAAGUUCUUAUUCCUAGUAAUUAUGAUAACAGAUUAUAGUUUUGGUGAGUGUUUUUUCCCUACUCUAAUCUCUUGCCAAAAGUGAAAACUUUGAACACAAAACCAUGAAACAUCGUUGUAAAUUAACUGUUUAGCAGUUUAACCGCAGAUAGUGAUGCCAUAACAUGUUAAUGUAGUUGAUGUACGGUGUUAAAUGAAUAAUGUAAAUCACAGUCAUCUCUAUCAUUGUUAAAAAAGAGAUCUAAUGAUCUAGUUAAUGAAUUUUAAAACAUAAUUAAAGUUAACCAUAAACAAGGGCAAGACAAAGAUCCAGCUGAUCCUUUACACCAACAGCCAUUGUCUUCUCGCAGGUUUUCUGGUAAACUUAACCAGAACCAGCUAUGGCUGUUGACCGAGCCAGAACCGUUCUUAAGGAUUUGUAUGGAAAGAGGAGAGACAACCGUUCUGAGUGUCAUCUAUUGGAUGAUAAAUUAAUUAACGACACAUUGAUUUAUCGGAUAGCAUUUGAUCCAGAUGAAGAUAUUAAUGACCGAGAAGAUGGACAGUUGUUUAAUUUAAAGUCACCAACAUCAUCAGUCAAACUUAAUGGCAAUCACCAUCAUCAUUCUCAUACUCCUCCUGAUAUGAUUAAUGUUGGGUUAACUCGGUUUAACCUUGAUAACAAGAGUGAAAGUGAUUGUUAUAAUGAUGAGGAUAAGAUGAGAUCAAAUGGCUCUUUCACUGAACCGGAAUCAUUAAUGUAUAAAUCAACGGCAACAAUAAUAUUAAAUGUCUCUUCACUGGCUGAGGAAAUAAUUGAGGCUGAAAUGGAUUCAUUAAAGGGCUUACAGCGUACCAAUCAACCGAUUUACAGUUCAAUAUCAACAAGAGCUUCGUUGAAGGGCAACAUGGAAGACGAUCAUCUAAUGGAUCGAUACAAUCUAAAUUAUGGAAAUGAUGAAGCAAAUCAUGUUAAUACAGGAGUUACUGUAGCUGAUGGUUGUUCAUCAUUGCCAUUAAUAAACAAGAAUGAUGGUGACAACAAUAAUGAUCCCCAAAUAGCAGUUAACAAAGCAAGAGCCCACCGUAAACUGGAUAAACAUUGCAAGAAGAAGCCAUUAUUUUUACCUUCAAUCAUGAGAUAUACAGUUAGCACAGACAAUCAAAUUAUCACCUAUAAUUGUCCACCAACAAGAGCUUGUUUAUCCUGCUGUUCAAUUAGCUAACUGUAAACCCACUUUCAUUUGGCUAGUUCAAUCAACAACCUCGUUCGCAAAUAUCAUCUGUUUUUAUAUUCAUCCCGACCUUAGUGUAUAAACAUGGAAAUGGUUAAAGUGAUUGUUGCAUGGAU